AAUUUGUAUCUGAUGAAGAUGUGCUCAAAGACACAUCUAACUAAGGUACAAAAAUUGUCCCUCCCCAUUUAGAGUGUACGACAACAGCAUCAAUGGCCAUCCAGGACGAGCAGCGACGAUAAAAGCAGGAGAGGGAGAGAGACAGAGAGAGAGAGAGAGAGAGAGAGAGAGAGAGAGAGAAGGGGGGGGGGGGAAUAAAAAUCUCCGGAGACGACGACGACAUCACAUAAAGAGGCGGACCUCCCUUAUUAUCACGGUGCGCCGCUACUGUCAGGUGGACAAGAGAGAGACAGAGAGCGAGAGAGACAGAGAUGCGGCAGGUGCGCCCCUUUCUCUCUGUCUGUCUCUCCUGUCCACCUGACAGUAUACCGGCGUGUUUUAGGAGCCGAAUAUACGCAGAAACGUUCAUGUUACUACUUUCUCGGAAGCCAGUGCGGAGAGGAAAGUUAUUUGCCUGAUGGCUGCGUGUCUCUCCCUCAUAUACCUUUGCUUCUUUGCUUUGAUGCGGUAUCGAUAUCGAUAUCUCCGAGCUUUGUGUGCUCGUAUGGUUGGGGUGUGGCCUGGGGUGAGGGAGGGUGCGGGACGCGGCACUUACCCACUCACCCACACUCGCCCACACAGACAACACACACACGCAGCGCAGGCACAAGCUAGCGCUCGCUCGCGGCUACCAUAUACCGACCCCGCAGAUAUUGAAAAGGACAGGAGACCUCUGGUCCCGAAUACAUAGGAAAAUACACACAUGUCGGAGGUGCAGUAGGCCGGGCUGCUGCUGCUGCUGUCAUUUGAUGGACAGGGAGCAGAGAGCAGGGGUGGAAGAGGGGUGGAGAGAGAGAGAGAGAGGAGGGGGGAGGCACGCCGCCGCCCACCCUGCUCGCCUGCUCGCGCUCGUAUCAUCCCGGUGGCGGAAUUAACAUGUGAUGGAAGACGUUGUUGACACAGGCGGCCGCGCAGUUGUAGAGAGAGGGUGGGACAGGUGGAGGAGCGCCGCGCAGCGAUAGAUUACUCUUUAGAAUGUUAUGUACCUCCUCAUAUGAUCACCACAAAUCUUUUGGAAAGGGUCACCCUGGCCCUCCUGGACGAAUGCUCCGCGCGACCCUAGCUCACGGUCACGUGCUUCCCUGUCCCACCCCCGCAGGCUACAAGAACGGCACCCUGGUCACGGCCAGCCACGCCGUGUUCCACGCCGGCCAGCACAAGGGCAGCCGCGCCCCCGCCGCCGUCGUGGGCUUCCAGGUGCAGCACUCCGCACUGCACACUCUCUUCACCAACAUCACCUCCACCGCGCCGACCUUCCUCGGGUGCGGGCCCAAGCCGCAGGAGUGCAAGACAUGCUCCUCCGCCGAGGUGGACUGCUUCGUGCUGGACAACCACGGCUUCGUGAUCGUGGCCGAGGACCUCGCGCAGACGGGCCGCUUCUUCGGCGAGGUGCAGGGCGCCAUCAUGGAGAUGAUGGUGCGGGAGGGCAUCUACCGCAGGGUCACCAUCUACGACUACCAGGCCGUGUGCUUCCGACCGGACGGCGUCAUCAGCUCGGGGCCCAAGCGGGCCAUCACGGUGAGUACGCUCAUCCACGAGUCAUAGGCCAGGGGUCUUUUGCGUACACCGAUUUUUCUUUUCCUUUUUUUUUCUUGAUUUUUUUCCUUAUUUUUUUUCUUCAAAUGGGCGUUUACUGAUUUUUUUUUUUAAAGAAAUGCCUCCUUGGUUGUAAGGGCAAACCCACAUGACAGGUUUGAUUUUGUGGUAUAGUCUUGCCAUGGUAUACACCGCGCCACAUAGCGCGCCAGUUACUUGUUCUGGUGGCCAAGGUCAAGACGAUAUCGGAUUUGCGGCCGCGCGUGUUUCGUGUCCAGAAAGCAGAAGGAUAAGAUCGCGGGCAUGGUUUAAAAACGGUCCGGGGCACCUAA